AUGUCAGAGAUCAAAGCUAUCCUCCUAGGAACGAGCCAUCCACACAUCUUCCACCGUUAUGCGUACUUCCAGCAACACCCCAACAUCAAACUUCUCGGUUACCACGACAGCGAUCCAGAUAUCGCCCAACAGAUGAAAGCCUACGCACAGUGCCCUCUUUUCAUCGAGUCUGCCGACCUUAUUAGCGUCCCGUACGACGUAGCAUUUAUCCAUGGACGAGAUCACGAAAAUGCAGAAUACAUACGGCUUGCACUCAACAGUGGUGCAAGGGGCAUAUUCGUAGAAAAACCCGGGGUAGCCCAACCUAAAGAGUUUUAUUCACUGACAGCGGAGAUCGAAAAACGCUGUAUAAUUUUCGAAGUUGGAUGGGAGCUGCAUUACCUCGAGACCGUCGAGACGGCUCGUCAAAUCGUCCGACAAUCGUUGUUAGGCUCGAUAACACUGGCUAGGUUCCACGGCGGUUGUCCGGGAGGCGCAGGUGCUGAACCUUGGCAGUCAGACAAGCGGAAUAUCGGUGGUUUCUUUUAUAGUCUCGGUGGACACGUCCUUGAAAUAGUCGUUGAUUUAUUUGGGCUGCCUGAUCAAAUAAUAUCGUCUGUGAGGAAGUUACCGGAACAAAAGCGUCAUCACGGGUAUUCCUGGGUGCCAGGUCUAUUCCAGGCACGGGAAUUGAACCCAGAAAAAGCAAUCGGCACCCUUGUUCAUGAGGACAUUGCCUCUGCCAUUCUGGAAUUUGACACGUUCAAUGUCCAUUUGGAUUUUACCGCGUGGGAGGCAAGUCGGUAUCUCCGAGAUUGGAGUGUAGAAGUUUACGGAACCGAGGGAUCAUUACAUCUAAAUAUUGAUGGGCCUGGAAGUUAUGUCCUUUCGAAAGAGGAGAAGAAUGGAUGGAUCGUAGGGAAAAACUCAUUAAGCAAAAAAGAGGUUAAUCUUUCCGCCGCUUUUCAAAAGCAGAUGGAUUUGUUCUUUCAGCAAGUGGGAAUUGGGAAAAUGGAGGGCGAAUUUUGUGAUCAAAGGGUCGCCUUAAAACUUUUAAAGCUCUACGAUGCGCUAUAUGAGUCUGCACGGAUAAGGAAAUGGGUAUCGCUGUAA